UAAAAUUUGUCUUACAAGUUGAAAAUUUUUAAAGUUUGAGUUGAAAGUAUUCAAAAUUUAAGUUAAAAUUUUAAAUUUUAUUUCAAAAGUUUUCAAUCUGUAAAAAAAAAAUCUUUCAGAAAAUAUCAUCAUUAUCUAGAACUAAUCUAGGCCAAGCUGCUCCCCAGAAAACGCGCGCCGCGACACGUGCGCGAGGUAAUUUUCCGAGGUACUACAAUGGGUCCUAGGCCCUGUUUGGGGAGUUUCUCCCAGCUGCAGCUUUUGGAAAAAGCUGCUUCUGCUAGAAGCAGCCCCAAACAAUCCACAGUUUCUAAGAAUCUGUAGUUACUGAUUCUGAAAAAUAAACUAAGAAGCCAGAAGUUGGAGAAACUGGGUUUCAGAGCUUUUCCAGAUUCUCAGAAGCUAGCUACCAAACAGCUGCUUCAUAAAGCUCCCCAAACAUAGCCCUCUUAGCUAGUGUGUGGGCAAUUAUUUAACAUUUGUGUACAAAUAUUAGAGGAAUCACAAGAUGUUCCUGCUUCUUGGCACAGAUUAGUUUACUAAUCUACUUCCGUGUAAUUAUCGCUCACUAGGUAUGAAUAUGAUUGCUCCUACAAAGUAGUUCACGCGCAUGAGGACAUCAUCAGAGAAAUCGUAGCUGCUAGUGCUCCACGGUUCAUAAUAUCCAUUCUUAUUGCUUCACUCGCUCUGUUAAAAAAAAAAAGACAAUCUAAUAUUAGAAUGUGAUACAUUUUAGUACAAUGAGUCUAAACACAGAGUAUGUCCCAAUUUAUUAUACUACGAUAUGUCAUAUUUUAGUAUUGGUUGUAUUUUUCUUUGGACGGAGGAAGUAGCGGAGUAACGAAUAUUGAAAAGAUAUGUCAUUGGAGUUGCUUUUUUCUUGGUUUAUUCAGAUUCUUUUAGAAAGUAGAAACACAGUGGACGUGAUCUAAUUACUUAAAUGUUGGUGGCUUUUGUUUAAUUUUGUUUUUUUAACAUCGCAAACAAACUGAUUCACUCAUACAUGCUCAAGCACACUCGCUCUUACAAAUACACAUUUUACUCCUACUAGUAAGGGUUAAUUUGAUCCAUGCCAUUACAAAUAUGGCAUAUUAAAAAAUAUCGUUACAAUUCACGUUAUUGGUCGGAUGUUUCCGUCCUACUCCCUUACGUCAUCAUCCUCACGCUGGAGGAGCAGCGGCGACAGCGCUUCAAAAAUAUUUCAGCGGCAGCAGCAGCGGUGGCGGCGGCACGGUGCACGCGGGGAGCGGGAGGAGUAGCGGCAGCGGCAGCGUGCCCUUCUCCCAUCCUAGCUCUCCGGCGAGCACGACGACUGCCCGAGCGAAGCGAGCCGCCAGCUUCCCCAAAUCAGAGAGAAGUCGGGACCAUCCAUCCUCUGGCCCAAGGUCCUGAGUUCAAAUCUCCUAUGGAGCGAAUUUUAGAUUGGGUUAUUUGCGGGGCUAAGUUCCCUAUCUCAAUGGCCGUAUAUAUCCGGUUGGAUAUAGAGGCCGGGUAGAAAAUACUCUUCUCUAAAAAAAACCAUCCUCUGGCGGUGGAGCUCAGGUGCGGGGCACGGCGGUGAGUCGCACGGGCACAAGGAGGAGCACAAGGUGGUCUCCAUGCUUUGCGACCCGGAUGUCUCCGGUGCACGCGCAGCCCGCGCUGCUGCUGUCCAGUGAGAUCGAUCUAAUGCUCGCUUGCUCUCUCUCCUCAUCCCAACUUGAUUUGAUUUAGCUCAGAUUGUUGGGUGUUUGCUUGGCUGCUUGUUUCAGUGAUUUCAGGAGCAGCGCACCGUCAAUGCGACCUUGUUUGCGGGCGUGACCACCACCACCGAGCGCGGUGCUAGAGUAUACGGUAGCUAGAGUCAUAUUAGGAUAUGAUUGGUUUGUUUGGAUUUCUUCCAUAUCUGUAAUCCUUCCUUAUCUCUUCCCCAAUGUACUCCUAUAUAUAUCGGCUCCCUGAGGCUCAAUACAAUGUAUCCAAUAUUCGCAUUAUUCCCCUCUUCCUAUACUAUCCAACAUAGUAUCAGAGCGGACGACCUACGGCCGCCGCUCACCACUUCCGCUGCCGUCGCCCCCGGAGGUGAUCUCGCUCCUGGGGGCGGCCACCGUUUUUCGUUUUUUUUUUCAUCGUCUUGUUCCACCGCUGCGAGGGACUGAUCUCGAUCACCUCCGGUGGACGUUUUGUUCGUCGCUGUUCCAUCGUGCUGGAGAGAUCAAUCUCUAGCGUUCUGCGUCGUCGUUCAUCUUCAUAAACAUGCAGCAGCUACCAAACCAUCGGCUACCUACAUGCAGAUCGAAUCUGGGCCCUCCCCACCGUCUCCGACGCUGCUUGGGGGCAGGCUGCCGGUUCGUCGUCAACGCCGACUCCACGUCCAGCCGCUGCUACCUCCCCACAAUGCGUCUCCCAGCACAGGCGCACAGCUCCUCUCCCUCCCUUAUCUCUGUCUGUCUGCAUGUGUGUGGAUGGAUAUUCGGGAGAAGGUGAAUAGGCUGUGGCCAAGUGAAGGAUUUAAUCUCCUCGUUGACUUGGUCAUGGCUUCCUGCUGGCACGGCUGAGGCUGCAAGGCUGCUGGACUUGGUCUAUGGAUCGGGACCAUGGAGGAACAGAGGAUGUGCUACCGUACUGCGCUGCUGCUUGCUGCUGUUAUUUUCCUUUUCCGAUCAGAGAUCGGUUUGCGUCGCCCACCGCCUCGUCGACUUCUACAACCAAUCGUCAUCGAGCACGCGUCUACACCAUCAAGCUUUGGAUUGCCGCUGCGUCGCCCCCUCGGGCCACAGUGCCGCCGCCUGUGGUCCACGCCUCCACUGGUUGUUGCAGUGCUGAGAGGUGCCCUCCUAAGCAUGGCUACAUCACCGGUGGACUUCUCGUCGCUGCAUCGACAUGGAGCUGCAGCUGUGUUGUCCUCUCGGACCGCAGCUUCGCCGCUUUCGUCGUCUUCAUCGCCGUUCACGCAUCGACAACCUCGUCGUCCGCACUGGUCAUCGUCAGCCGCUCAGGGUCUUCUUCCUCUACUUCGAGCAUCGCCGCCGCAUCUCCAAGCUGCCACUGUCGCCACUCUAGGCCGGUGGUGCAGCUACCUCUACAAGGCUACCGACGUCGCCGUCCAGGCCGUUGGUCCCGCUACUUCGCCUUCUACUUCGUCCAGCAUGACUCAUCGCCAGCGUUGCUGUAUCUUCCUCGACUACACUUCGCUCUUCUCCGGCAACUGCGUGCUGCUCCGGCAAUUCUCCCUCUACGCCGUUCUCGCGCCGCGACCGUCCCGGAGGCCUUCUCUGCUGGUCUUCUCCGACAUUGGUGUAUGAUUCAUGGUGGUCCUCUAUCUCGCCCGCGCGGUAUUGGCAACACCGGCGCGCAUGUUCGUCCCGAGUUGUCCCCGGGUCUGGCAAACCUGGUGUGACGUCUUGUCCUUCACGGUUCGACUACAUCGGCUCUUCGACGUCAUCUUCCUCAACGACCGUCGUGAUCGCGUCCCCGUCUUCGUCUCCUGCGUGUCCUCACGCACCUUGGUCCACGACGCCCUCUAGUCCAUCCACGACCACUCUACGGCGCCCCAUGCGCUCCCUGCGGCUCGGCUACCUCGACAUCAGCUUCCCGACUUCGGCUACAUCGACCACGGCUAUUCUGCGCACGGCUUCAUCGACCACGGCUCUCUCGGCUCCUUCGCUUUGGCUACGUCGACCAUGGCACAAAGGGCUAUCAUCCGUGUUGAGCACUCUUGCCGGUUUAUUCUCCAGUCCAAGUGUCCGCGCUGCUCACGCUUGGACUGCGGGGGAUGUUAGAGUAUAUGGUAGUUAGAGUCAUAUUAGGAUAGGAUUGGUUUGUUUGGAUUCCUUCCAUAUCUGUAAUCCUUCCUUAUCUCUUCCCCAUGUACUCCUAUAUAU